UCAGAGUGUCAGACAGGAGCUGCAAGGAAGAAGGAAAUAAGGUGGUGGUUGCCAGUGGGUGUCCCCGGCACUGUGCUGAUCACUGUCUUGUGCUGCCACCAACACUCAUAACUUUAUUCAGUUUAAAGGUUGUGGUAGAGCCCAGUAAAAGUUUGAGCAGACAUAUCGACCAGAUAGCUACGGAUACUGGUGAUGUAGGAUGGGUAACCUGCUGAGGCUACUGGCACGAGAUGAUGCAGGGAACAGCUGCUGUUCUCACCAAAAAUACGACGUGUUCCUCGACUUUGAGAAUGCUGUACCGAGUGAAGAGGAACGAUUACUAUACGAGGACGUGGCCGAGGUAUUACGAGGUUCCCAGGCCGUCAUCCACGACCUACAGCAGUACAAAGGAGCGGCCAAGGAGAUAAGAGAGGCCAUCAGUGACCCUGGGGAUGACUACCAGAGAAGAGCAUGGGAGAUGGUCACACCACUCGUACAAAAACUUAAGCAGUUCUACCUCUUCUCCAAUGAUAUAGAGAUGAUCGUUCCACGUAUUCUAGCAGAAUUGUGUGGGCCAGAGAUAUCUCCAACUCAGCAUCUGGAAACGCAGCAAGCACUGGUCAAACAGUUUGCUGAAAUACUUGAAUUUACUCUUAAAUUUGAUGAACUUAAGAUGACAACCCCAGCCAUCCAGAAUGAUUUUAGUUACUACCGUCGCACCGUCAUGCGUCUCAAGAUUGAACACAAUGGUAUGGAGACUGUCGAAGAUGAUGUAACAAUAGACCAUCAACUGGCAAAUAAAAUGAGUCUCUUUUAUGCCAAUUCCACUCCGAUGCUCAAAAUCCUUAGUGAAGCUACUUCCAAAUUUGUUACUGAGCACAAGGAGAUUCCUUUAGAAAACACAACAGAAACUCUAGGUACUAUGGCUAAAGUCUGCCAAAGAAUGUUGGAAAAUCCAGAAUUAAUAGCCAGAUUCCGACGUGAGGAGACAAAACUCUUCAUCUUAAGGGUCAUGGUUGCACUCAUUAUUCUUUAUGACCAUGUUCAUCCAGUGGGUGCUUUUGUAAAGGCUUCCAAUGUUGAUGUGAAAGGAUGUGUGAAAGUGUUAAAAGAUCAGCCUGCAUCGAGUUCAGAAAAUCUUCUUAAUGCUCUCAGAUAUACAACGAAGCACCUUAAUGACGACAACACUCCUAAACAGAUUAAGAUGUUGCUCUCAGUAUAACAUAGUUACUAUACUUUUAUAAUGGAAGUAGAAAUUAAAGCAGAGACAGUAUAUGAUAAUGUUUCUUGUGAUGUUUUCCCUACCAUGAUCAUUUUUAACCCCUGGAUUAUCUGAACCAUUGCUGUGAUUCUUGGUCGGUUAAUUGAAUAAUUAUUUCUACAAUACCUGUUAUAAAUUAUUUUUAAGCUUUUGACUGUUGAUGUGCAUUAUUGAAAUCAUUGUUUUAUAUCCAGUUACUACAUUUAAUUUUUAAUAGUGACACACAAGCUGAAUCAUUACAGAAAUUAGUGUUUUUAUGUAACCCUCUUCAAUAAUCAGAUGAAAAACUAGUCGUUGUAUGUAUUUGUAGUACAGUAUAAUAAUCAUGCGUUUCAUAUAUAAAUGUUGUUUCAGAGCAGA